AUGCCCCUCGUGCCUGACGACCCAGCCUCAACGUCGCACCAUAACAUCUCAUCUCCACCAGAGCGCCUUGUCACAAGGAGCACUCCCUCGUCCACGGUCCAUAGCCGGGAAACCUCCGCCGUCCGAGGACGAGCACUUGAUCCUUCCACACUAGCCCCUGCCGCUCUCCAGCCCCAGGGCAAUCGCCGCGGUCACUCACACUCCAAGAGUCCUGAAACGGCAUCUGUGCGCCCAACUCCUGCGAACGAUGCCCCGCUGGAACGCAGACCAUCGAACUCAUAUGGCCACCACCGACAGACCUCGAUCGUCCAUGGAAUCCAGCACUCCCGAAACCCCAGCUUUGCCGCGUCGACCACGUCAACGAGCCCUUUGAGCCCGGAACUCAUUGCGAGCCUCAGCCGCAGCGGUGGUGUCGAACAAGAAGUUGCUGGACUGGGGAGGCUGGAAUAUCCAGAUAUGCAGAUGCUCUCAAGUCACCAGAGCCCGCCGGGGGCCGGGCCUGCGAACCACACUCCGCCGGGGAUGCUGAGUACAAUUGAAGACCGGGAUACUGACCAUGUACCUGACAAUACCAGCCCAGUGAGCGUAUCUCACAGAAGAAUGAACUCGACCGGAAAAUCAUGGCGAGAACGCUCUCACAGUCGUUCACACUCCAGGCACAUCCAGAGCGAGUCGAAGACCGUUGGUGAAUAUGCGCUGCAUCAUCUGUUUAACUCAUUUGUCGGCCAAGCGGACAACAAGAUCAACCAGGCUAUCAUGAAAUUAGAUAAAUCCGAUGCCCCCGUGGAAGAAGUGUGCGGCCCUGGCGCCGAUCCGAAAUUCGACCAAUUGAUAUCCGCUCUCGGCCAUAUCGCGCGCCAGAAGCCCAAACCAUUGAUUGAUACAAUUAUGUUCUGGCGAAAGGCCAAAGGUGAUGCCGUGCUCGGAGCUAAGCAUGCGGCGAGCCAAUCAAAACCACCUUCUGAGAAUGGCCUACUUCCCCGCCGAAAUACCGAGCCAACCCAGGCGUCCCCCGAUACCGUUACUCCUACAAGCCAAACUCCGAGCCCACUCCUUUCGCGGCAUGAUGAUAUCCUCCUGACCGAGCGACGGGCUACCGUUUCAGUUUACUUAGUCUGUCGGGUUUUGAUAGAGAUCUUCAACCAAAGUACGCUGGAGUCCAUAACUGUCGACAUGGCAGAUCGGCUGGAAGAUAUAGUGUUUGGACAACUUAAGACAGUUGAUCCGGAUCAGAUCGCUGCCUCGCCCCUUCGAAUGGCCAACUGGAGAAUCUACUCGCAACUCCUUGGCAUCAUGAGUGAAGAGAAAUUUACAAGCGUCACCAACCGUUUCCUACAAGAACUUGAUCGUUACCAAAAGGAAGAAAAUGCCCGAGGAGUAUCGAGAGAGGGAGACGCAAAGUCAGAGCUUCUCAUCUCUGGCUUGAAACAUAUCCGCAUCAAAACAAGUCCCGAUAAAUGGCCUAGAUCAUGCGACUUCAUGAGAUCGCUGGCGCGAUUAUUUGUCAACGCCCAUGGCCAACGCAUCAAACAGACAUACUGUAACAUAUUCGAGAGGUUAUUGCUUCCCGUCGCGGCCAGUCCAAACUGUGAUUUGAACCUUCCCAAGUGGAAAGAGUUCCUCGACCUGGUGCAUUCUCGUCUUCCGCAUAUGCUGACCAAGCCGAGGCACUGGUCUGCAGUCUUCCCGCUUCAUGUUCUGCUUCUAUGUCUAUCCACAAAGGAAAGCUUCUCGUCUCAAUGGCUCUCGAUCAUCCAGUCUCUUCCAGCCAAGCUGAAAGAUCGCCCUACAAGGGGCCCGGCCCUUCAGGCUAUGUGCCGCCUAGUGUGGACAUACUUUUUCCGCUAUUCCGACUCUCCCACAGUGACUCUCCGAAAAGUUGAAGAGGUGGCCAGGGUAGCGCUCCCGGCAGGGAAAAGAACAUACCUCAGUACCGACCCGGCAGUGGCAGAUCCUCUAACCCAGUUGGUACGGAUGAUUGGGUUUAAACAUCCCGAUGUUUGCUUCCGAAAUAUCAUCUUCCCAAUGAUCAAUUCGGACCACUUCACAUCUUCCGGGAGAGACAUGAAAAUCGAACAAAUGGAGCCUGAGAAGAUGGUCAUCGGGAUCCAAUCAUUCCUUGCAAUCGUAUCGGAUCUGGAAACCUGCGACCAGCUAUGCCCACCUUUCCCUACCGGCUCUAUUCCUAACCCUUUCACCGACCCUUCGGCCUCAGCGCACCUCUUUCGAUCCCACUAUCUCGUAGAUCCUAAACUUCCCGGUAGCUUGGAAACGCCAAAUGAAGAGCCCUGUCGCCCUGUUAACACUGCCAGACUCAGUGACAACAUCAGGAGUCUAUAUGUUCGCUUUUGCGAGAUAUUGGGAAAUAUAACAAUAUUGUGCGAUAAUGCAUUUGGUGGACAAGCUGCCUUGGAUGAAAAGUUCGGUGGAACUACCCCCAAGACACCCAUCACAGAGGCGUUCAGUUUUGGCCGGCGUGAUGACCAUAUCAACGCGUUGGAUCAGAAGCAAGGCUUCUAUGACUUGCUUCAUGUGGCCGUUCAAGCUCUUCCCCGCUGCUUGUCAGACCAUAUCCCGUUUAACUCGUUGGUCAACUUGCUGUGCACGGGCACUGCCCACGUUCAACCUAACAUCGCCUUUUCUUCUGCUGAAUCCCUGAAGGCUAUAGCGAGGCAAUCGCAUGCCCAGCAAGUGACGAUGGGAUUUGCAAGAUUCAUUUUCAAUUUUGAUGCCAGGUACUCCACGAUGUCUGACGAAGGGAUGCUUGGGCCGGGACACAUUGAGUCUACAUUGAGACUCUAUGUUGAACUUUUACAAAUUUGGAUUGAGGAGAUCAAGCAGAAAACCAAAUCCACUACCGUGGACUCUGGCGACAAGAAUGGUUCAGUGAGCCGUGCAUUACACCUUGAUCUCUCUAGUGUCCUAGCCCAAGUCGAGGAAGUUGAAUCCCAUGGCCUCUUCUUUCUAUGCUCGCAAUCACGGCGGGUUCGAUCCUUCGCUAUAACGGUGCUUCGACUCAUUACAGAAUUUGACAGUGCUCUAGGGAAAGAGAACACUAGAAUCAUUAGAAUACUCGAAGCCGACUCCCAACAAAUCCUGGACCUGAAUGACGAGCAUCUGACUGUGGCCGAAAGGAGCCGCAUCCAGAAGGGAAAACGAAGAAGUGCUUCUCAGAACACCCUCAUCGAGCUUUGCAGCAGCGAAGUUUCCUACGACUCGACGCUGUGGUCGAAGGUGUUUCCCAAUAUCGUCCGUGUUAGUUUUGAAACUUGUCCUUUCGCUGUCACCCUUGGACGAGAAAUUGUGUGCGCCAGACUCGUCCACAUGCACAAGGCCAUCACCGCUCUGGCAGAAAGCCCGCAGAACCCCCAGUACACUCCCGUUGACACCGCGCAGGCAGCUCGUUCGGCUAGGACAAACACAACCGCGGAAAUUCUGAUCGAGCAGUGGAAAUUAUACCUGGUCAUGGCGUGCACAACGCUCAAUAGUGUCGGGGCACAAUCUCAAAGUCAAUUAGCCAACGCUCAGCACUCGAGGAAGGCGUCGAAAGGGGGGUCACAGUCCGCCGACAAAAUCGGUUCUGCUAGGAGUCUCUUUGCGUUCGUGAUCCCUUUGCUUUCUGCCGAACGUGCCUCUAUUCGAAAUGCGAUAGUGGUCGCGUUAGGGUCUAUCAACAAGAACCUUUAUCGAACACUGCUCGAGUCAUUGCAGUACGCUGUCACAACCUGCAACGAGGAAGCCAAGAUCCGAAUCGGAACACACCAUCGAACACCAAGUAGCCCGAGGCGAAGCCGCAAGACGGAUAGGUUACGUACAGAGGUGACCCACGUGUACAAGCUAACCUCGAAGUUCUUGAAAGAGCCCGAAGUCUAUAAUGAGGACUGGAUCGUUAACAAUCUCGUCACAUACGCCAAGGACCUGCGGAUAUUUCUUAGUGACGUGGGCGUUCAGAAUGACUGGGAGUUUCAAAGUCUCCGCUUCCACUAUUGUGGACUAAUGGAAGAACUUUUCGAGGGCGUCAACCGUACCAAAGACCCGUCCCGAUGGAUUCCUUUUGAAGCACGCAAGUCCUCGUUUUCACUCAUGGAGGAUUGGUGCGGUUAUUCUCCGAACCAAGCUCAGAUAUCCCAGCGGGAGGAGAAUAUGCGAAAAAUUGCCAUUGCUCGGCGUCAAGAAGUAGGCGGGGAGCUAAGAGGUGCUUCCGCAGCAAUGGAGAUUGAAAAGAGGAACCUGCGGGCCGCAGCGCUUGGUGCAAUGGCAUCACUUUGCGCGGGUCCAAUAAGCAUUACCACGGAGAGCGGCUCAGUGCUCCAAUUUGAUGUUGGACGGAUGCUCUCAUGGAUUGAAAUCAUUUUCAAUACCGUCAGCGAUAAAUGGCAUGCAAUUGGCCGACGUGCCCUCCAGAAUCUGAUAAUUCACAAUAAGGAGCACUCCUACUUGCUGGAGCGGUCAGUUGAGAUGUGCUAUGUGACUGAGCGGCCAAAAUCCUUGGAGAGCUACUUUGAAGUAGUCACCGGAAUUCUUAUCGAGCACACUGACUACCCUUUGGGCUUCUGGAGAAUACUGGGAGCUGUCCUAGUAACGUUGGGUAGCCCGAAGCGAGAAAUUCGCAUGAAGUCCGCCAAGCUGCUGCGAAUUCUAGAGGAGCGUCAGCAGAAGAACUCGCGGCUGCAAGAUUUUGAUAUUAGUAUAUCUGAUAAGACUACGGCAGUCUACAAGCUAGCACAGUUCGAGACGUCGAAACGCCUUGCCCAGCAGCACUCCGACUUGGCGUUCACCCUCUUCUCCGAGUUCUCUCUGCAUUUCAGAAAUCUGCGACCAGACAGCCAACGAAAUCUGGUUGCUGCGAUCCUUCCAUGGGUGCAGACCAUAGAGCUACAGGUUGAUCCUAAUGGUGGACCGACGGCCAAAUCAUACAUGCUUCUUGCCAACCUUUUUGAGAUUACUAUCCGCUCAAGCACCAUACUCCCGAACGAGGUCCAAGCUUUAUGGCAGGCGUUGGCCACAGGGCCACAUGGGGGAAAUGUGCAACUUGUGCUGGACUUCGUGAUCAGCCUUUGCUUAGAGCGUAAAGAGCAAAACUUUGUGGAAUAUGCCAAGCAGGUUGUGGUCUUUCUUUCGGGGACGCCUGCAGGGUCGAAAGUAAUCGAGUUCUUCCUGAUGCAAGUAGGACCCAAGAAUAUGGUACAAGAAAGAAAGGACAUAACCCCUGCGCCUCCGGAUGUCAAAAAUCUACCUUACGUUGCCGACCUCGCAACGGUUCUCCCCGUCGGCAACAAGCAAGCUGGAUUGUCCCUGGGCCAGGUUGCGCUCAUUUUGCUUGUGGAUCUCAUGGUUGCUCCAGUCACACUCCCUCUUCCGGAUGUGGCCAAGCUCCUGCAUGUUGUAAUCAUUCUCUGGGAUCACUAUACGCUUACCGUGCAGGAACAAGCCAGGGAAAUGCUUGUCCAUCUUAUUCAUGAGUUAAUUGCUGCUAAAAUCGAGGACCACGAGCCGGCCGGAAGCCGACAGUCCAUUGAAGAUUUUGUGGAGUGCAUCCGCAGAAGUGACCCCAAAGUAGUAUGGGAAUACGAGGAUAAUCACGACAAGGAGGAUGACGAGGACGACAGCCGCGUCCCGCCCUCAAUGUCUAGUGUUACCCAAGCGGUUGUUGACUUCUUCAGCCUUGCAUAUGAAGGCAUCACUGACCUAUGGGCCAAAGAAGCCUUGAACUGGGCGACCUCGUGCCCAGUUCGACAUCUUGCAUGUCGCUCUUUUCAAGUAUUUCGCUCAAUCUCUACGUCACUCGAUUCGAGGAUGCUGGCGGACAUGUUAGCUCGGCUAUCGAACACCAUCGCCGACGAAGAGGCCGACUACAGAACCUUCUCUAUGGAAAUUCUGACAACCCUUAAGAUCAUAAUCAGCUCCAGAGCACCAUCCGAUUUGUUACGCUAUCCGCAGUUGUUUUGGACUACAUGUGCUUGCUUGAACACUAUACAUGAGACAGAGUUUGUUGAGAGUAUUGGCAUGCUAGAAAAGUUUAUGGAUAGGGUUGAUAUGAGCGACCCCAUGGUAGUCACGGAGCUUAUCAAGGGCCAGCCACCGAAGUGGGAAGGUGGUUUCGAUGGCAUUCAAAAUUUGGUCUACAAGGGUCUCAAGAGUGCACAGUCCCUUAACCGCACUCUCGACAUUUUACAUCGGCUUAGCGGCCUUCCCAACAAUGAUCUCAUUGGUGACGGCAGCCGGCUUCUCUUCACCAUUCUCGCGAAUCUAUCCCACUUCCUCCACCAGUUUGACGCUAAUGUGGACGACCCCAAAACUCUUGCUCGCGCAACAUUGCUUGCGCGCGUCGCUGAGGGUGAAGGCUGUCCUCGUCUUGCAGCGUCUCUCCUCGGGUUUGCAAACGGGCAAUACAAGGCCGAGAAUGACUUCCUAAAUCAUAUAAUCACUGGGGUCAAGUCGUAUUACUUCCCUCACCUCGAUGUUCAGAGCUUGACCUUCCUCAUGGGUUUGCUUACGAACGCAACCGAUUGGUUCCGCCUAAAGAUUAUGAAGAUACUGUGCGCGGUGAUUCCGGAGAUUGAGAUGCGCCGUUCCGAUGUGACAAGCCAUGGGCCUGACUUGAUAUCGCCUCUUUUGCGGCUCCUACAGACCGACCUUUGCCCUCAAGCCUUACAAGUCAUGGAUCAUAUCAUGACCGUUUCGGGCAACCCGAUGGAGCGUCAUCAUAUCCGAAUGAGCAUGGCGUCAUCCACUUCGUCAAGAGCGAUUCGGAAAGAAUACGAGCGGAUCCAGAGCCUUUACGGAAUUCCGGAACCUACAGGAUGGUCCAUCCCAAUGCCGGCCGCUCAGUCAGGUGUUACGCGACAUAAUGUCCAUGCCGUCUUCUACACAUGCGCUGAGGUUGACCGCAUGGAGGCACAGGAAACCGCACCAUCUGAAGUUGAAUUCCAUGCAGACGAAUACAACGACAACUUCUUAACCAUGCGAGCCGACACCAUGCAGUCAAUUGAAACACAGCCGGACGGCAACAUGGGCGAUAUUGUGCAGAAAUUAGAUAGUCUAGAUGACUUUUUCGAGGACACGGAAACAUCUCACCCAACGCUUGAUGCCUUGCCGGACAUGGCACUGCGUGGCUUCGCAGGUAGUUAUGUGGAUUCGAACGCAAGUAUCUACGACCAACAAACUGCACCGAUCUUGCGCAAGUCUCUGGCGCGAACCGCUUCAUCCUCCUCGUUUCACAACGGCCUAGUUGACUCUCGCCCUUCAAAUAUGCGCUUUGACAGUGUUGGAAUGCAUUCUGCCGGCACGCCGACACCUCACUCUUCUACUCAAACACUACGCCCCGUGUCUCAUACCCGUUCCGUUACGUCGCCCGUCAACCAUGUUUUUUCUCCACCACCGGCAGGUCCACAGUUUUCUACUCCACAGAUAGGAGCCCAUGAGCCUACUUUCCUCUCCGAUGAUGAGAUAGACGAAGGUUCAUUUGAUUUCGAUGAACGGUUGGUCGCGAACAAGCACCCGGUGCAUCAUAUGGCCAAUCAGCAGCGCAGUGCAACCGAUGGAUCGUCGUCGCUGGAAUCAAUGAUCCGAAGCGGGAUGAGGCGUCUCACGGGAAGUACAGCAGCGAGUCGGGACAAAGAGCGGCAGCGUGAGUUUGUCCGUGCUCAGCACCGGGCCCUCGCCCAGACGGCGAAUUCUCCACGAGUGCCGAAGGUGCCUCCGGAAUACCUUUCGGGAUCAGCAAGCAACCCAAACUCACCGGGUUAG